AUGGUUUCGUAUGCGCAGAAGAGGGUGAAGGGCGUUACGGAUCUCGAAAGGAAGUUGAAUGAGAACGGCUACAGGGUGGGACAGAGAGCGCUCGAGUUAGUGACGAUCCGCGCCGCAGCAGGCCAACACCACCGUCGCGAAACCCGCGUCGUAAACGUCCUCCAAUUCAUACAAACACAGAUAUGGAAAGCGCUAUUCAACAAACCCGCUGAUGAUCUCCAGAAAUCCUCCGAGAACGAAGAUGAAUACAUGAUCAUCGACAACGACCCCCUCGUCAGCAAAUACAUCUCCGUACCAAAAGAUAUGGGGGAGUUCACUUGUGCAUCUUUCAUGGCGGGAAUUGUCGAAGCUGCCCUUGAUGGGUCACAAUUUCCAGCAAGAGUGACGGCACACACGGUGCCGCUGCCGCAGUUUCCGCAGAGGACGGUGAUAUUGGUGAAGUUGGAUCCGUUGGUGCUGGAGAGGGAGGGUUUUUUGAAAUAG